AUGGAUCCCAACCAAAAUACUCCACCCACUCCAAACACCCCAAACACCCCAAAUGAUUAUCAAGCUUAUAUGCAAUUGUUGAAUUCUCCAAUCCAACAACAACCUUUAUUCAAUAAUCUUCCCUACAACCCACAAAUGUUCCAACAACAACGACCACAAUUCAUUCCCCAAUUCCAAGUCUCAUUAUCUCAAUCCCAAACCGUGAACCUCGACAACGACGAUGUACUUGUCCAAGAAACACCACAAUCAUCCCGAAGAAGGCAACCAAAAGGAAAAGGGAAAAAGAAAGCAACGGCUUGGAACGAAGAAGAGGAAGAAGCUUUAGCAAAAGCUUGGAUUUUCAUAUCCUGUGAUACGAGAAGAGGCAACGCGCAAACUGGAGAAAGUUUUUGGAAUCGUGUUUUGGAUCACUUUCACGCGCUACUUGGAAGGAAAACGGAUCAGUCCUACGAUGCAGUCAACGGGAAAUGGCGUGAUCUUCGCGCGAUUUGCACAAAGUUUAAUGGCAUAUUUGAAAAUCUAAAAAAUAUGCAUAAAAGUGGUUCCAACGAUUUCAACAUUUUAUCAACCGCGUGCUACCAAUUCAAAGUGACCAACAACGGUAAACCAUUUGGUCACCAAAAAGCAUGGGAAGUUUGCCGUCAAGGUCCAAAAUGGGUCCUUAAUCCAGAGACAUCGCAUUCGGACUCGACCACCGGCUCCAACAAAAGAGCAAGAACUUUUGAAUCGGACACGGGUUUUGGGUUAGACCUCAAUGAUGACGUCGAUGUUGCCGAGGGAGACGGUCCACCUGAAGUCCAACUCCGUCGACCACCGGGAAGGGACAAAGCAAAACGGGCGGCGUCUUCAAGCGGGAAAGCAACCGCAACUAGCGACGACGGGCUUGAUUUAAGUUUGUGUGUUUAA